AACCGCGCUUUUUAUUAUCGUAUACUCGUUUUGUGGAUUUUGUCACUGACUAAAAUUUGCAGUACCGCAGCGUUGGUUAGAAGUCUUUGACGUUUCGCCCUGUAUUGUUAUUACGUCUGAAGGUUUCUGUCGUGUUUGCGUAUUCUGUUGAAAAUGUCUUCAAAAAAGAAAAAAGAGCAAACAGUAGAAGAAGAGGAAGAGGCUGAAGAAGAUGAAUAUGUUGUGGAAAAAAUAUUGGAUAAACGUAUAAAUACUGCAACCAAUAAAACAGAAUAUUACCUUAAAUGGAAGGGUUAUCCAGAGGAUGAUAACACAUGGGAACCAGUUGAAAAUUUAGAUUGUCCUGAUAUGAUCAGGGAAUUUGAGGAAGAAUGGAAAAGAAAGAAAGAAUUAAAAGAGAAGAAGAGAAAGUUGAAUGGAAGUGAAACUUCAGAUACGCCUCCAAGCAAGAAACAUUCAACUGAGGAGAAGCGUCCUAGAGGCUUUGCUCGGGGUUUUGAACCAGACAGGAUUAUUGGAGCUACUGAAACAAAUGGAGAACUGUUGUUUCUGAUCAAAUGGAAGGAAUGCGAUGAAGCUGAUCUUGUAACGGCUAAGGAUGCUAAUAAGAUCUGCCCACAAGUUGUAAUAAAGUUUUAUGAGGAACGUCUUACUUGGCACACUGGAAACUCUGAUGAAAAAGAAAAACCAGCUAUUAAGAAAUAAUCAUGUAACUCGUGUUCACUUUUGGAUAAUAUUUCUACUAUCAUUGUUUUCAUUCAUCAUCAUGUAUCCAUUCUUCCGGUACUGUUAAAUUUGUGCAAAACUUUUUAUAUCUAAGAUUUUUGUAAUCUUCAGAUUCUUCUUUUCUCUGAUUUAACAUGUUAAAUUUAUGAAGAUUAUUUUUCUCUAUGUAAACGAUACUCAUCUUGUUUGUACAUAAUGUCAUAUGGAUAAAGAAGGCACUUGGAAUUCAUUUUCUGAUUGUGCAAUUUAGAAAUAAAUAUCAUUGUUAAAA